CGUGUAGUUGCUGUCUCACUCUCACGCGGCCGUUCGUCCGUUCGACUUCCCUUCUUGAACUUCUUAUUUUGAGUAAAUUCCUUUGGAUGUCGAUUUUAAAGCCGCUGCGUAGGGAUUUUCGUCAUAGGAAGGUGUUGUGGAAACCAGCAUAAUACAUAGUAGAAUACAACUAUUCUUCCACUAAGGAUGUCUGGCUCUGAAUCGCCUGGUUCUGAUCAAACUCCAUCCACCGCCGGAACUGUGUCUUCCCUCAAACCCGGAGUGAAAGAGGUUGCAGAGGAGAUUACAAACGCAGCGGGAGACGUACUCAAGUCUCUACUUCAGGCACAGUAUCAUACAUGGACGGAGGACCAGGGGAGCCAUCCUUCUGAUUUCAGCACUGGCAUAGCAGAGCAGAUCGACACACAAAUAGAAAGCACCAGUGCUUACUCUACGAUCACACAAAUUACAUACGGCACGCAGUACAUCAAACGUCAACUAGCUGAGAGAUUCCUCAGCGCAAAUCUCGUGCCCAGGUACGCUCUCGAGGGCGAGGACGAGAAAACUGUAGUUUGGGGUCACCGGUUAUUAGAUGAAAUUUCUAGAGUCACCGCGGAUCUCGAACGAUUCAGCAACAAUCCACUGCAAAAUAUCCUCAAGAAAGUAGAUGAAGGGAACAAAGGGAAGAAGCAGAACAAGAAGAUGCAGUUGGAGUCGACAAAGAAGGAAACCGAGAUUAACAACUACUGUGAGAAAUUUAAGACCGCAUUUCAACAAGCAUUCAGUUUUACACUCAAUGAACACAUUUUGGAAAUAGAACGAGCGCCCCACAAACCGAUUUUGGACAGUACAAAAGAAGAGCAGGCUUCGGAUGUGGGCGAAGUGAGUGCAGUGGAAAUCGUCGCGAAAUCGUCUGGCAUCCCGGAAUUGCCCGGCGAUGAUCUGGUUGUGGACCACGACGUGCACCCUGCUCUGACUUCCACAUCACCGACGAGUCUUCCAGCAAAGUCGGCGAAAAGCGACACGCAACGAACAAAGCCAACAACAACAUCUUCGAAAGCGGAACAAGCUGCGUCCGUUGACUUACUCGACACCCAAGUAAAGAACGCCAACACCAACACCAACAAUUUCUUUGUCGACUCGUACUUCGUUCGCUCCCCUUCUGCUGUCCUCUCUCCCAGCACACCCGCGAGUGAUGAUGAACAUGCGAAAAACCACGCCCACCACAAUCACGACAAUUCGGACGCCUCGCAGUCUUCGCACUUGCUUCCUUUGCACCACGUUCGGAACGCGCACGACAUGUACGUCGCGGCGCUGCUCGUCUUGUUUGUUGUCGGAGCCGGUUGCAAAUGCUUCUUCUGCAAAGCGCCGACACAAGAAUCUGGUCAUCGACUUGCGGCGAACACGACAAACAUCUUUGGCGCAGUAGUUUUCUUCCUCCUGUUCAGUUGGUUCGUGAAGACUUCGACCGUUGUUGGCGAGAAGUACCGGCAAGCAGUUGACUUCUGCACAAUUUUCUCGAUUCUGAUUGCGCUACUGCUGUUCUGCUACCUGCUGAAUCGGACCGGACCAAGUGGAGCUUCACCCAGCAAUGAAGAACCCGGCACUACGACUUCGAACGCGAAGCACGACCAAGGCGGGACUACGCGCACGGGCAAGAAAAGCAAAUUCGAAAGCAAGACGGGAGCAAGUGAAGCAGACACGAAGCCUUCCUGUCCCGCAAAGCGAUUGAACCAGCACGCGGACCGCCUCGUGAACCACGAAUGA